AUGAAUUACGUUCAAAAUCUCCGUGCAUUCCUGGUUCCAUAUUGCAUUAUGCUGGUGGUGGGUGGGAUCCCGCUUUUCUACAUGGAGCUGGCCUUGGGGCAAUUCAACCGGAAAGGCGCCAUUACCUGUUGGGGACGUCUGGUACCACUUCUCAAAGGAAUUGGUUAUGCGGUAGUUUUAAUCGCCUUCUACGUUGAUUUUUAUUACAACGUGAUAAUCGCAUGGGCUCUUCGCUAUUUCUUCGCAUCAUUUACCAGCAUGCUUCCAUGGACGACAUGUGGGAAUACUUGGAACACGCCACUCUGCCGAGAGUUCGAUGUGAACGUGACACGACGAAGUUUUAUACCUUAUCUCAGUAUGAAUCCUGAUGACAAUUUCACGAAUUACGAGACGCUCGCCCCUAUUCUAAGCAAUACUGGAGAAGAUGGAGAGGGAGAUAACAGGACAAGAUAUACUAGUGCCGCACAAGAGUAUUUCAACCGGGCAAUUUUGGAGCUUCACGAAAGUGCAGGAUUGCAUGACCUUGGGAUUGUCAAGUGGGAUAUUGCCCUGUGUCUAUUAAUUGUUUAUCUAAUCUGCUAUUUUUCACUUUGGAAAGGAAUUUCAACAUCUGGAAAGGUUGUUUGGUUCACAGCGCUAUUUCCCUACGCAGUGUUAAUCAUCCUCCUAAUCCGUGGUAUUACCCUCCCAGGGAGUGCCGAAGGGAUAAAGUACUACCUCAGCCCCAAUUUCUCAGCAAUUAGUAAAGCAGAGGUGUGGGUCGACGCUGCAACGCAAGUAUUUUUUUCCUUGGGUCCUGGAUUCGGAGUGCUGUUGGCCUAUGCCAGUUACAAUGAGUACCACAAUAAUGUUUACAAAGAUGCUCUGUUAACCAGUGUCAUCAACAGUGCGACUUCUUUCGUCGCUGGAUUCGUCAUCUUCUCGGUACUGGGGUACAUGGCACAUGCAAGUGGUAGACCAAUCAAAGAAGUUGCAACCGAGGGUCCAGGACUUGUUUUCAUCGUUUAUCCGGCAGCAAUCGCUACGAUGCCGGGAUCCAUUUUUUGGGCGCUGAUCUUCUUCAUGAUGCUGCUGACCUUGGGUCUUGAUAGCUCCUUUGGAGGAUCUGAAGCAAUUAUUACAGCCCUCAGCGAUGAAUUUCCAUUAAUUGGAAAUAACCGGGAGAUUUUUGUUGCUUGUCUAUUUACUGUCUAUUUUUUGGUGGGCUUAGCAUCGUGUUCACAGGGUGGAUUCUAUUUUUUCCAUUUACUCGAUCGAUACGCCGCUGGAUACUCUAUGCUCUUUGCAGUUUUGGCUGAAGCAAUUGCAGUUAGUUGGAUCUAUGGUACAGACAGAUUUUGCGCUGAUAUCAAGGAUAUGAUUGGAUUUUCUCCGGGAAUUUAUUGGAGAGUAUGUUGGAAAUUCGUUGCGCCACUUUUUAUUAUGUUCAUCAUUGUUUACGGAUUGAUGGGAUACGAACCCCUCUCCUAUGAAGAUUACACGUAUCCAGAGUGGGCAAACAUCCUUGGAUGGAUCAUUGCUGGCUCAUCAAUUACGAUGAUACCAGGGGUUGCCCUUUACAAACUCAUUGUCACUCCAGGAAGCUUCUGCCACAGACUCAAAACACUAACUACUCCCUGGAGAGACAACCAUACUCAACCUUCAAUCAACACUCGAUCAGCUGUCUCCUCAGUGGCCAAUGGAGCAGUGAGGACAAGUCUCCUUGAUGAGGGCGGUUUUGAAAAAUUCAGGGAGUCUUCAAAAAACGACAUUUCUGGAUUCAAAGAGCAGACAGAAGUCAUGACCCUUCCAUGCCCUCGCAAUGGCGAUCCUCCACCCGAGUCAGUCUAGGAUAACUUAGUUAUCCUUCAGGGUACUCGUUUCCAUAUUUACCUCUGUUGAGGAUUAUUUCCCCUUUCUAUUUUACCCGAAAUAUUGUUAAUUGUUUUUACCUUUAUAAGCUUUGGUAAGAAGCAGCGUUACUUUUAUGAGUUUAUUUAAUGAAACGAUAUCGAUUAAAUAAUAAUGUUUAAAGGAAUAUUUAUUAGGUGGGUAGUGACUCGGAGAUUAUGGAGAAGUGCUGUGUGGACUAUAAUUAAAAUGCAAUCCCGAUGUUGAAAGACGUAAUAAUACAAAAAUGAAAAUAAAGAUAGAACAUUGUCUCGAUUUCCUUGAUAGAGACAGAAAAUGGCAAAUCCUAAUAUUAUUUAAUCAAUGAUGAAAAGUUGUGAUUUUUUAGUUGAUGUGCAGUAUUUUUUGACAACUAUUGGAUUCUGGAUUUUUAUAGAAGUUUUUCCUUCCGUAGUGAAUAAUUAGUAACGAAUGAAUUAAUCGGAUUGGAAUUUGUAUAUGAUUAUGGAAAAUCAAUAGAGAAUUGAAGUACUACAUUAAGGAAUAUUGUAUAUUUUGUACAUUGCAUCGGAGUCACUGUACAGCCACAGAGACUCAUGCUUUGUUAGGAGAAUUUAUAAAGGAUGGUCGACUAAUAAUGAAAGUAACUAAAUUGUUUCAUGUUGAUUGUUCAUGUAUAGAAAUUUUAGGAAACUAAGGUGAAAUGUUGCCUCGAGAGCCAUAUCGAGCCAACGUCCGUGAUGAGUUAAUUUGACAAUAACAGAAUGACUAUGAUAAUUCUGUAGUUUUUAAAUAAUUGAAGGAACAGUUGUGUAAAUGUAAUAGUGAAUAAAAUUCCUGCUUUUA